AUGUUCUCUAUUGCCACUGCUCCGGCCAAGCAAUCGGUCGGUGAAACAAUAUCUGUUUUAAGCGGCCGAUUAAGUUCGGCGACUCUUUUGGAAGACCGACGAGCUGCGAUUCUAGGCCUUCGGAGCUUUGCGAAAGAGUAUCCGGCAUCAGUAGCUUCUGGAGCCUUGCGCAGCUUGAUCGGAAGUCUUUCAAAAGAUGGCGAGGAUGUAGAUACGGUCAAGGUGGUCCUUGAGACCUUGCUGAUGCUUUUCAACCCGAAUGAAACCAGCCUAGAAGCAUCAGACGAUAUUGCUCUUUGGCUUGCAGACGAAUUCACCCAGAGGCUCGAAAACAUCACGUUGCUCCUAGACUUCCUCGAGACUAGCGAUUUCUACUCGCGACUUUACUGCUUGCAGCUUCUUUCGGCUAUCCUAGCCGCCCGAACCGACCGAACGGAAGAGUGUAUUUUCACUGCUCCUCUCGGAAUCUCGCGACUCGUUGCCAUUCUAGACGACCAGCGCGAUGUGAUUCGCAACGAAGCAAUCGCGUUGCUGACAUAUCUGACGCCAACUUCGACGGAGAUUCAAAAACUUGUUGCAUUCGAGAAUGCAUUUGAGCGACUCUUCAAAAUCAUCGAGGAAGAAGGAGCCGUCUUGGAUGGCGGCAGGGCUGUCGAAGACUGUCUUAUUCUGCUAGCCAACCUUCUCCGGCUCAACGCACACAACCAAACGCUGUUUCGAGAAUCUCUAUGCACAGCCCAGCUUGCGCGACUUCUGAAAGAUGUUGGGUCUCCCAAUGACCAGGACGGCGAACUAGCAGACUGGACAUUGGCACAACGGAACCGAAAUAUAUACGCUUUACUGGCCGUGAUCCGGCUAUUCCUCGUUCAAGGUGCUUCUGGAAUCGUGCAGAACCAGGCAGAGUUUUGGCGGCACGGGGUUCUAUACCAUGCCUUACAGCUGUCUUUCAACGAUUACUUCGAGAACCAAAUUCGUGCAGAGGCAUUGUCGACAUGCGCGGCAGUUAUUCGAGGAAAUGCUACUCUUCAAGAGAAUUUUGCGCAACUCCGUGUCCCAUCGCCAACAACAAACAACAACCACGCAGCCUCUAAAGCAAGCGACGAAAAAGCACAUGCAAAUGGCACUCACACUGAGGUGUAUGUGAUCGACGGUCUUCUUGACUUAACUUUGGGUGUGCCCUCGCCGCAGUUUUUCGAUGUCCGAAUGGCUGCUUGUGAAUGUCUUAAAGCAUACUUCUUUAAUCAUGAGGUUGCUCGACUGCACUUUUUGCAGCGAGCUAUUGACGGGCACAAUUCAGGUGCUGACGAAACAGCCAAUGUAUUAACGACACUACUGCGAUCCCCUGCACAUUCUUCGUCCAGCGAUCCCUAUCGCAACUGGUUUGCGUCAGUGAUUAUGUUUCACCUGGUUAACGAAAAUCCAAGAGCCAAGGCUCUUGUGAUGGCUGUGACAGAGGGAGAUGAGGCAAGUGGCGAGGAAGUCGUCACUAGCAUACAGACUACUGCGGCACACCUUUUAAGCAGUGUGAACAGGGGAGACGAUGAGCGUGUUGUGAUUGGCUACUUUAUGCUGCUGCUUUCAUGGCUCUUCGAGGACUUGGAGGGUGUCAAUGACUUUCUAGGGGAAGGGAGCAAUCUACAAGGAUUGAUCCAAGUGGUGGUCAAAAACACCAGCAACGAAAUUGCUAUUCAAGGGCUUGCGGCUCUACUCUUGGGCGUUCUCUAUGAGUUUUCCACCAAGGACUCGUCUAUUCCGAGGAAAAAGCUGCACGAGAUUUUGAUGUCGAGAAUGGGCCGCGAUCGGUACAUCAACAAGCUCAAUACUCUCCGAGCGUACUCACAACUUCGUGAUUUCGAGGUAAUACCCCAAAGGCUGGAUCCGCAGACAGACGAGAAGCUUCCCAGUGUGUUUUUUGAUGGCGCUUUUGUCGACUUUUUCAAAGACAAUUACAGUAGGCUGCUGCGCGCCAUUGAUAAAGACCCAAACAUGGAAAUUUCGUUUGUGUCGAACGGAGUUCAACAGGGCAUCUCUCGUGAGUUGGUUGACUCUCUGCGUGCUGAACUUGGCGAUAAGGACCGAACACUGCGCGAAGCUCAAGACAGAAUAUCCGCCCUGGAAAAUGCUCUCGGCCAAGAGAGGGCAGAACACAAGAAAUCGAAGGAUGAAGCGUUCUCUGACCUUGGCAAAGCCAAAGCGGCACAUGAUAUGGCUGUUCGUAAGCAUGAGGAAAUCUUACGACAAGCCCGCAUAGAGCACCAGACAAGCCGGGCUGACCUGGUGCGUCAAAUGGAGGAAGCGCAAAAGGCUUCACAGGCCGAGAUGGCACGCGUGCAACGUCGGCUUGAGGCGCAAUUGGCAGAUCUUCGAGCAACGGGGAGCCGGUUGGAAGUGGAUUUGUUAAAGGCAAACAAGAGCAAAUCACAAGAGCUUCAGGCUGCUCACGAUAAGUUCAACGUGCAGAAAAACGACAUGGAGACUGUAGCCGCCGAGUUAAGGAGGAAAGUCAAAGACCUCGAGGCCAAACUGGCCGCAGCGAGCAUACAAGAAGCCGAGCUUCGGGAAAUGAUUGAGGCCGCCGAAGAGGAUAACAUGAACACUCGUGAGAAGCUGCAGGCCGCUGAAAAGGACGUUGUUCAGACCCGCGAGAAGCUGCAAGCCGCCGAGAAAAGGCUUAAAGAAGCGGAAGACGCACUACAAGCAACCCGUGAAGAAAAGAAGGCGACGCAAACCGAGUUGGAUGACUUAUUAAUGGUAUUUGCUGACCUCGAAGAAAAGUCGGCAGGCUACAAGGCUCGUUUACGCCAACAUGGCGAGUCAUUAUCCGAUGAUGAGGAUGGCUAUGAGGACGAGGAAGACGACGAGGACGAGGAUGAGGGUGAGGGCGAAGAUGACGACCUCAAGGACGAUGACGUUGACUGA